UUUAGUCAACAUGUCGAGUCCAAAAACGAAGAGGACCUUUUUAGGCUUCGAUUUCAGCACACAGCAGGUUAAGGCAAUGGUUAUUGAUGAUACUCUGAAAGUGAUUAAUGAAACACAUAUCAAAUUUGACACUGAUUUGCCAGAGUUCAGAACUCGUGGAGGAGUCCAUGUGGCAGAGGACAAUGUGACGAUCACUGCACCCACUAUUAUGUGGGUUAAGACAUUAGACCUGCUGUUAGAGAAGAUGAAAAAAGGUGGGGUUGACUUCUCUACAGUUGCUGCCUUGUCUGGAUCUGGACAGCAACAUGGCAGUGUUUACUGGAAGAUGGGAGCAAGACAGGUUCUAUCAACACUACAGCCAAACCAGACCCUAGCAGAACAGUUAAAGGAUUGUUUCAGUAUACCUGACUCCCCUGUAUGGAUGGAUAGUAGCACUACUGAGCAGUGUCGACAGUUGGAAAAAGCACUAGGUGGACCACAGGCUUUAGCAGAUUUGACUGGUGCAAAAGCAUUUGAGCGAUACACAGGGAACCAGAUUGCCAAAAUAUACCAAACCAACCGUGAAGGCUAUGAUAACACUGAGAGGAUUUCCCUUGUGAGCAGUUUUGGAGCUUGUCUGUUUCUUGGUGAUUAUGCCCCCAUUGACAGCAGUGAUGGCUCUGGCAUGAACUUGAUGAAUAUAAGAAAGAGAGUCUGGGAUCCUGACUGUUUGAAAAUCUGUGGGGGUGAAACUUUGGAGAAGAAACUAGGGCAGAUUGUCCCAUCACAUACCAAUGUGGGUCCCAUUUCCAGCUACUUUGUGGACAGAUAUGGCUUCUCCCCUGACUGCAGAGUCAUUGUAUUUACUGGGGAUAAUCCAGCAUCCCUGGCUGGAAUGACCUUGAACCAAGGAGCAGUUGGGGUCACCCUGGGUACCAGUGACUGUGUCUUUCUGUGGCUUGUAGAACCAAAGCCAAACACUCAGGGGGUCAUCUUCUCCAACCCAGUCCAAACCAGUAACUACAUGGCACUUUUAUGCUUUAAAAAUGGCUCCUUAACGAGAGAGGGAAUCAGAGACAAGUGUGCUGAUGGAUCAUGGGAGAAGUUUGACCAACUUCUUGAACUGACACCAAAGGGAAAUAAUGGCAAUAUUGGUAUGUACUUUGAUGUUCAGGAGAUUACUCCCUCCAUAUCAGGGGUACAUAGAUUCACAGCAGACAAUCAGAAGGUUUCUUCAUUCUCUGAUGCAGUAGAAGUGAGAGCAGUGUUGGAAGGGCAGUUUUUAUCCAGAAGAACCCAUGCUGAAAACUUGGGGUUUGCUCUAGGACCUAGUACCAAAAUCCUGGCAACAGGGGGCGCUUCAGUCAACAAACCUUUCCUGCAGGUGAUAGCCGAUGUGUUUGCAUCUCCAGUCUAUACACUGGAUGUGGCCAAUUCAACUUGCCUUGGUGCUGCUUAUAUGGCUAAGCAUGGCUGGCUAGGUGGGGACAAAGUGGUCAGUUUUGAUGAGGUGGUCAAGGGGGCUCUGGACUAUGUCCUUGCAGCAGAGCCAGACACCAGUGUCACAGAGAUGUAUAACACAAUGGCUGAUAGAUACAGAAGAUUGGAACAACAGAUUGCAAAGGAACAGGGAGCAGACUACUAAAGUCACUGACAGCAGGACCCAUUUCACAACAAAAACCUCGUCUUUCACUGGAAUUAAUUUGGUCCAGGUUAAUUCUGUAAUAAUUCGCUAAUAAUGCCUUUUGUUUUUGGUCAAUAUCCUCAUUUUAGGAGACAGUUUUUAUUUAUCCCAAACAAGCUCAAAUUUUCUGUUUUUUAGUUCAUACCAACUUAUGGCUAUUUUUUUUCUUUAUGUGUGCAUGUGUCUAACGACAUUUCAACUUUAUUGGAAGUGCUUUAUACCAAAUAUAACACUUCGUGGUGUCAUUACUGAAAUGGUGUCCAAACUAGGCGGUCUCUUUUGGACCGCAGAUAAUCAUGUUGAAACAUUGAGAUAAAAUAUCUGACUAUUGAUAUGAUACAGUUAUCUCUGGAUAAGGAAGAGAGUGCAUUUAUUACAUUAUAUUAUAUGUUCAUAAUAUUUUAAUUGUAAAUUGAAAGUAUUACAGUAGGCCAUAUUCAAGGGGAAAAACAAUUUAAAAAAUGCACUCCAUAUAUAUAUAUAUGAAACUGCUGAUUGCACUUCCAUGUUGACUUCUAUUGAGAUGUGUCUAGAAAUAUUUAUGUGGCAAUAACCUAUUACUGACCCAUCAAGACAGAUAUUAAGUAAUUUGGUGGAAGACAUUUUUCUUUCUAAAGGGAAAACUGACAUUAAGUCAAUGUUGGUUAUUAUGAUGUAAAGGCUCUCAUAUGAGAAAGAGGUUACUGGAAACCAUUUUUAAUGAAUUUAAACACUGCCAUACUGAAAAAUAUUCUUGGUGCCAUAUUUCCAGACCAACUGCAUUGAGAUUUGUCAUGCACUGAAAUGUUAAGAAUUUGCAGACUUUAGAAAAUUAAUUUCAUUGAAGGCUGUAAAGAAAAUAUUGCAUGCAAAAAGUUAUGGUUAAUUUUCAAAUGUAUAUUUCCAGAUUUGUUAGAAGUUAGAUGCUAAAUUAACUUACUGACACAAGAUCAAAUAUAUUGUUAUAAUUAUAUUAUCAUAUGCUUAUAAACAAGAUCAGUGGUCUAUUUUCAAUGAUGUAUUUUUAGAUGUAAGAUGUCAUAUGAUACACAUUUCUGACAUACGCUCCUAAAGUUAUGUCAGAAGGAUAUUAAUCAGGGA